GAAGAGCAUGCAUUCACAUAGAUGUAGUCUUAUCUUCUUAACUAACUCCCUUUCACUAUGAUUCACAUCAUGGAUUUUUCUAUCUUGAUUUGCUUAAUUUUGAGCAUGGCCUCAUCUGGAUCAAGCAAUGUUGCACUUAAUGGUAGAACCACUACUUUUAAUGUGCUAGAUUUUGGAGCAAUUGGAGAUGGAGUGACAGAUGAUUCUCAAGCUUUUCUGAAGGCAUGGAACGCAGUUUGCACUGCCCGAACAACCAGUGCCAUGCUUAUAAUUCAAAGGAAGAAGACAUUCUUGUUGAGCCCUACGGUCUUCAGCGGCCCAUGCAAACCUCCUCAAAUACAUGUUCUGGUUUUAGGAGAUAUUACUGCACCUAAAACAAGAUCAGCAUGGGGACGCUCAAGUUAUUGGCUCAUUUUCCAGUACAUAGAUGGGUUUAUUAUCAAUGGAAAGGGAACACUUGAUGGGCAAGGGUCUAGUUGGUGGCCAUCACUCUAUUAUAAACAGGAACUACUGAAUGAUACUAAUUCAUAUGAUAUGGAUGACGUAGCAAGACCCAUUGCAUUGGGAUUCUCUUUCUGCAAUAAUCUUCAAAUCUAUGGACUAAAUGUUAUCAACAGCCCUAGUAAACAUGUUAAACUAUUCAGAUGCAAUGGUGCAAUUCUCUCAAACCUUAACAUAAAGGCCCCUAAAGAAAGCCCUAAUACAGAUGGUAUUGUCAUUGGCGAGUGUAGCCAAAUUCAAGUGCAUGACAACAACAUUGGAACCGGUGAUGACUGUGUUGCUAUUCUUAAGGGGUCCUCCAAUAUAAACAUUAGCCGUGUAGCAUGUGGACCUGGCCAUGGUAUAAGCAUUGGAAGUUUAGGAAUGAAUGGAGCAUAUGAUACUGUAGAAGAAAUACAUGUACAAGACUGUAGUUUCACCGGAACUCAGAAUGGAAUAAGGAUCAAGACAUGGCAGGGAGGGUCUGGAUAUGCCAGGAAGAUCUCAUUCCAGGGUAUUACACUCAAUGCAGCCGAAAACCCUAUCAUCAUCGACCAAUAUUAUUGUCCUCAGCUUCACUGCCCAAACAAAACAUCGGCAGUUAAGGUGAGCGACAUUUCAUACGCUGGAGUUCAAGGGACGUCAAUGACGAAGACUGCCAUAAAUUUGAGAUGUAGUCAAAGCAUGGCUUGCACAAACAUUGAGCUGAAACGAAUCAACAUAACAUCAGUGGGGCAAAAAUUUGUAACUUCUUCAUUUUGUCUCAAUGCCCAUGGAAGAGCUAGUAGAUCCAUUCCGAAUUUGCGUUGUCUAAUGAAAUAACUCUAUAUUUUGUUGAUUCCAGCAUGGAUUUAUAAUAAUACUUCAUGGGUAUUGUUUGGAUGAAA